CAAGCUAAUCAUAUUUUGUCACCAGGAGUGUCACUUCAUAAAAUAAGAAAACUUCCCUCCUGGAGUAAAGUCAUCACACCAGUGAGGACCAGCAUGAUGAAUUUGACAAGUUGACAGUAUGGAGAUGAUCUGGAGUGACACCAUUUGCAAUACUUUGCGCAACACGAGUCUCGGAAAGUUUUCACGCCCCCGGAAGAUACCUCGUGGGAGGCGGCGUGAGAGCAGAGGCGAAAAGGGAAACCCAUGACUUUUGGGUGUGAAACAGAAGAGACACUAUAGAAGAGUAUAAAAGACCAACUCAGUGGCAUUCUCCUCAAUCAACAGACCUGGACUGGACUGUGUGGUGCCGACAGCCGUUUUCCAGGCACGUGGACUUGUCCCUCGGUUGUCCCCGUGUGCGCAUUAUUGGAACAUAAAGCUGAAGACAUGGACAUUGAGUGUCCGGAGAAGAGAUUCCGUGGCCGUGGACAGUGUAUGGACGCGUGCGUGGUGGUGUCCAUCCUGGUCCUGUAUGCAGCCUUCACAGGUUGUGUCAUGGUGCUGAUGGGGCUGCGCUCCAAAAUGGACUCAUCUCCACAGCACUUUCCAAUUGAUCCGACAGGACUCACACCGAACCCAGCAUAUAAGAUGCAGAACUUUGCUUUCUUGGAGGCCGUCUCAAGCAAGUUGGUGAACUCCACCAUGCAGUGGGCUCCAGUCCCUUACGGUGCCGGGAAGUCUGUUGGAAGCAACUUCCAGUUUGACGAAAAUCAACAUUUCCUGAGGCCCCAACGUGGAGGGACUUACUUUAUGUACCUGGACCUCAACGUGACCUGCACUUGCGCCUUUGGGUGCAGCUGCAGCGCGGGCCGCCUGAGCGUGCAGGUGGGCGACAUGCUGAGCUGCCAAGUGGAGCUUCCAGAAGGGUCCAUGCCUGAGAGCAAAAGAUGCUGGACAGUGAGUUGGAUGGACAGCAACACCCAGCUGCUCACCCACAUGAGCGUUCCAAAGGAAGGACUGAAGGACUGGAAGCUGGGGCUCAGUGGUUCUAACUUGGGCAUGUUCCUUGUGGACUAACGUUUACAAGAGAAUCGUCCUGCAGAUCUGCAGGUCCCAGUUUCAGAACUCAGCAAGAGCAUCGGCUCAAAGACUUGGCGGUUUAUGGACGUUACCAGAAAGAAGAGAAGUUGCAGUCGGGACCACGCUAAUUGGUUACAGACUAGACACUGAGUGCCUUUUUUGUAGUAAUAUGCAUAUUUAUUUAACAACAUGGGACUGAUUAUAUUCCACACAGCUGUAUGUCAGAUAUAGUCUUGUUCCAUGUUGAUAACACUACAUUAGUGUUGAUGUGCAAUAUGCUUCAAGUCGAAUUUGAGUUGAAUGCGACUGUGUUUUUUGUUUUCAUUUUAUAAAUAUAUAAAAAAAAAGUAAAUAAAGGCGAAGUUGUCAGUUGUAAUGCUGACAAAGAGUGUACAGUACAUAACAAUAAUAUAUUUAAUAGUGCAUUUUACUAAAUAAACACACACCCUCCACUGGGAUCCCUAAAAAACGACUCCAGUUGACUACAAUAAAAAACGAAACACCGAGUUGAUGAUUAAUAUUUCCUACUCGAUCAGUGCCCUGCAAUUGCAGUCUCCUCGCGAGUGGAAGUAGCCGACAAUUCAAUGGCAAAAGACAAUAAUGUAAUGAUAAAUGAAUCAACGGUAACCAAACCAGUCCACUGUACUGAAAGAUGUGGAAUUAAAAACGUGCGAUGGAAGAAUGUAAGUCCAAUGGACAAAUUGCACGGUGAUGAUUGUAUCCAUAUUAACAUGGAAAUAAACAUGUGAACUCAGUUUUGGUCUCGGUGUGUGUGUGUUUGAAUCGGAGAAAAUGACGUCUGUGAAAGUGAUUGCGGCACAGCUGAAAGUGGAAUAUUUGAAAAAAAAGUUUGUUGCGAAGGGGAAAGUUCCCUGUUGUUGUCGGUAGCGGGAAGUAACCGUGCAUCACUUCCUGUUUAUUUAUUUUAAAGUGUGGUUUAGGAAACAAAAAAGCGUUGGUCAGCAAACAAGCACAAUAGCGGCAAAUAAAUGGAGACGUGCAUAUGUUGACAUUGUGAUCGACCUUUGUUGCACACGAAGCAGAAGCCUGACACUGACAUAUUUUACACCUUUGCAGAGCUGCUUUCUAGGCAGUAUAUCAUUUUAUUUAUUGGCGAUAAUACAUAUAGUUUUACAUUAAUACCUCAAAACUGAGCAUUAUUAUUUUCUGUAACUACAUUGGAGAUAAGAAGGUUGUAAC